GGAGUCCUUCUUCCAAUACUCACGCCCCAGCUACAUAGGUCAGUAAGGGCUUUCAAACAGCUGCUUUAGUUCCAGAUACCGUCUUCUCCCGCAGAAGUCCCGAGAGGACUCCGAGGUGCCUGGCGUUCCCCGCCGCCGUCCCCUCCACCCCCAAGCAUGAUGGUUGGGGCCGGAGGCCACUCCCUCUCCGCGGCCCUCCCGGCGCAUCCAGGGCUUCCUCUCACCGCCUUUCCUCCGGCUCACCCCUAGAGGAUCCCCGAUCUCCCUUCUCCAUGGCGUCGCUCCUGUGCUGUGGGCCGAAGCUGGCCGCCUGCGGCAUAGUGCUCAGCGCCUGGGGAGUGAUCAUAUAAUGCUCGGAAUAUUUUUCAACGUCCAUUCCGCUGUGUUAAUAGAGGAUGUUCCCUUCACGGAGAAAGAUUUUGAGAAUGGCCCCCAGAACAUAUACAACCUUUACGAGCAAGUCAGCUACAACUGUUUCAUCGCCGCCGGACUUUACCUCCUCCUUGGAGGCUUCUCUUUCUGCCAAGUUCGGCUCAAUAAGCGCAAGGAAUACAUGGUGCGCUAGAGCGUGGUCCCGUUUCCCCUCUCCAGAGCCUUCCUCUAUUUAAAGACUCCUUACACCCCCUCACCUGGGUCGCGUCCCACCCAUCCUAGCCCCCUCUGAGGGACUGGGUUUCCCUGGCGAGAAACUGAAUCCCUUGUUCCCCCUCGGGCCCCAGUGGAGGUGGCUGGGACUGGCCAUUGACUGUCUCUCCAGCUCCCUCGCUUUGUCUUGUACCACAAUAAAGAAAAUCUGCUCUUGUAAGCCUUGUCUGUGCUUGGGUGAGGGGGCGAGCACUGGGCUGUGGCUGGAGGGCGGCCUCAACUGGAGUCCAAACCCCUAGACGGAAGUGCAGUGAAGCCAGCCGGAAGUGAGGCGGCGGCUUCCACCGCUCCUUCCCUUGGAGCGCCUAGGCGGUCUACGACCGCGAUCGAUGAGACGGGGAGCGGCCGAGUAUGAGCCAAUCAGCUGCGGGGAGGGAGGGACUUCCUGCGUGGGGGCCGGAGCUUCAGUCGUCCAGCUCUCCGUGGUCCCGGCUCGCGUGGUGGCGGCGGCGGCGGCGUCUCCGUGAGGAGGCGCGCGGGGCCAUGACGUCAGCGUCCACAAAGGUCGGAGAGAUCUUCUCCGCGGCAGGCGCCGCCUUCACCAAGCUCGGGGAGCUGACGAUGCAGCUGCAUCCUGUGGCCGACUCUUCCCCUGCUGGUGCGAAGUGGACGGAGACGGAGAUAGAGAUGCUGAGGGCUGCUGUGAAGCGAUUUGGGGACGAUCUUAAUCACAUCAGCUGUGUCAUCAAGGAACGGACAGUGGCUCAGAUAAAGGCCACUGUGAAACGCAAGGUAUAUGAAGACUCUGGCAUCCCCCUUCCAGCUGAGUCACCCAAGAAAGGGCCCAAGAAGGUGGCAUCUGGUGUCUUGUCACCUCCUCCAGCUGCCCCUCCACCCAGCAGCUCCAGUGUCCCUGAGGCCGGGGGUCCCCCCGUAAAGAAACAGAAGGCUGAUGUGACACUCAGUGCUCUGAACGACUCUGACGCCAACAGUGACCUGGUGGAUAUUGAAGGGCUGGGAGAAACUCCUCCAGCCAAGAAACUCAACUUCGACCAGGCCUGACCCUGGAUUCUGGCCUUCUCAUGACCUCCGCUGAUCCUCCUCUACUCUCCCGCUGAGCCUGCCACCUCUGACCUCUUUCACUGUUCACCCUGGACCUGUGGAUUGCCUGGGACUCUGAGCAAGGCCUGCACAAGAGAGGGCCAAAAAGCUGCUGGGGCUGUCCACUUUGCUGUUCCUGUAUAAGCGUCUGCCCCCAACCCCUUUGUCCUCCAUCUGAUGGACAUUUUUAUACAGAAAACAAUAAAGAUUUCCCUCUCAGC